AUGUUUCAAUCAAAAGGCAUCCGACUUGACUCCCAACCCGAGAAACUCCCGUCUCCUCUCUUUUACACCCCAAAACCCUCCAUUUCAUGGCACGCAGACGUCCUCGAGUCCAUCAAGAAUUGGCUCACCAUGUGCUGCGGCAACCGCACCGCCUACAAGACGAGCGACGCGGCAGUCAGGAUACUGGAAGAAGGGAAGAGCCGGGUCGAGGAAGACUGCGAGCCACUGAUUGAAGGCGGGACGAGUGCUGCGGAGAAGAGGGAGGCGUUGAGGGCAACGUUCCCAAGGCAUGCGGCCGCCUCGUUUUUGAAGACGGGGACGUCGCUGGCGAUGAUGGAGGCGAAUUGGGUGUUGUGA